GUGUGGUUUGUCCCUGAGGGCGCCCCGUCGUCGUUAGCCGGGGAUGCUAAGCUAACAGCAGUAUGGUGCUGUAAACGCUCAGCCUGACACUCAGAUCAGCUGCUCCCGAUCCUACAGCUGGAAAAACACCGUUAAACUCUCAGCACGAGAUGUCUGACUCUGCGGAGCGGCCGGCGGAGGCGGAGCCCCUGAAAGGUGAGCAGGUGGAGGGGGCGUGUAAGGAGAAGAAGGUGUGCUGUGGGCGGCUGAAUAAACUCUCCGGUUGGCGGACGGCCGCAUUCCUCCUGUCUCUCUUCAUCUGUCUCACCGUCGUCUUCGCCUUCUCCUUCAUCCUGCCCUGUCCUGUCCGCCCGCAGUACCUGCGCACCUGGAACCGCACCCUGCCCAGCGCAGCUACGUAUGAUUUCCUGGCGAUGGGAGACGCCAACAAAGACAAAGUGGAGGACGUUUUCUUCAUGUAUAAAAGUGUGGAGGGCAGCAUGAACAACACCUGCACUAGAGAAGGACUGCUCCCCCCCUGCCUGUUCCUGCUGGCAGUCGACGGUACCGACGGCGAGACGCUGUGGGAGCGGCCUUUAGCGGCUGAAUUUGAUUGGGUGCAGUGUGGAGUGGGCGGAGACGAAGGGAAAGGAAAAACCUGUCUGGUGGCUCACGCUGACAACUUCACAGCCAUCAACACACACACAGGUGUGAUUUCGUGGCAGAGACACCGCUCUCCCGUUAUUAACGGGAAUCUCCCGGUCAUCACUCUGCCUGAUCUGAACGGUGACGGAGUCGCCGACUUCGCUGUGUUCUCAUAUAACCGUCCACCAAUGGCUCACACACCUAUUCCGACAGAGCUGGUGUUUUUCUCAGGUAAAUCGGGGAAUGUGAUUGGCUCAAAGGUGGACAUGGAUUCAGGAGAGACUUUAGAACACCUGCAGUUCACCACAUCCAGCGGGGCUCAGUAUUUACUGCUACACACAGAUGCGGGUCUGUAUGCGGUGGGUUUGUGGCGUUUAGCUGAGAAAGCUGGUCUGAAGUCGAGUCUAAAGAAAGAAGACAGCUGGGAGAAAAGAGCCAAACCGGCUGGACUGAUCCCACUAUACGAGUUGGGGUCUCUGCGGAGAGUUUUAUUGGUAAAGGGUUCAGGAGACUCCUCCCCCUCAGUGCUGCUCUGCACGCCCACCAGUGUGCAGCUACUCAACACGCACACACUCAGCAUCAGCUGGACCACUAACACCAGCAUGCUGCUCAGUACUCCAUCAUUUGGGCAUUAUAAUACUGAUGGAGUUCCUGAUGUCGUGCUGGAGGAGGACCAGGGCAAUACAACCAAGAGAGUGGUGAUUCUGGAUGGUAAGACGGGUCGGGUGUUGUGGUCGGCGAGUUUACUGUUCUGGCUUCAGAGCCCCAGACCAACGUCCGUCCUCACACUCAACUCCUACUCUGUGUUCAUGCUGUGGGGAGAGAGACUCUCACACAGCAACAAGACCAGCUUUGCUGCAGAAGAGCAUUCCACCUUCCUGCUGCACCCAAACCACCCUCAGGUGCUGUUAGAGAGAAGAAAUCCCACCCAGAACAUAAUGUCCUUCAAAGCGGUUCUGCUGGAGCGUGGUCGUCACGCCUGUUACCUGGUCCUCAGUGGAGCCGACGGCACGCAGGUGGACGAUGCGGUACUCAGUGGGGCGGAGCCUGUGGUUUUGACGAAGCGCAAGAUAAAGGACGACGUGCUGGAGAGCAGCGUUCUGGGAGUGGGCGGGGACGAGGGCGUGGCCGUCUCCAGAGACCAGGAGGAGUCUGUGAGGGAGGCGUUUCAUAGGCUAAGGUUCAGCGACGAGAAGUAACUCCUACAGCAGCAGCGCUAACGUUAUUAAAGCGAAAGUUCGGUUAAAAAUCAGACGUUAAGCGAUCUCUCUCUCCCUCUCUCUCCCUCUCUCUCACACCAAAUAAAGUUCAGCAUCUUCAGCUUUACAGUAAAGCUGUAAAGCUAAUGUGGCUAAUAUGUAAUCAAAGCUUAUGUUAGCAUUAAACUGUGUACUUAAGUCAUUAUACACACUCCCACUUCAGAGAAGCUUUAAUAAGUUACAUUCAUAUUCAAUACAGCUUCUUUCUUUCUUUUUGUAGAAUCAUGUAUAGAAUUCUCCAUUCCACCUUAAAUGGUACAACAGUGGCACCCGGAUCUUAACCAAUGCAGCAUCUAAGGUGGAAUAUGAAAUCUCAAAACGAAGCAGGUGAAUUGGAUAAUCUUUGAGUCUCAGAUCUGUUAUUAAAUCAGACUGAUUAUGGAUUUGCCUGUCUGAACAUCACAAUCACAUCUGAUGUCAGUCGAUAUCAAUCAUAUCAAUCGAUCUGAACGUCCAGACUGAGACGAUCUGUGCAAAUUUGAUUAUCACAUUUUUAACCACCUUUAAAUGCGCUUUGGAUCUGAGUUGCAAAUAUUGUAAUUAUUUAAUAUUUAAAGUCAUAUUUGGCUUUAGGGCUGCAAUUAAUAAAUAUUUCUCAGAUUAGUGAAUCGCAUCUCUGUAAAUGAAUAUCACCCUGUUGUGAAUUUGGGGUUUAAAUGCUAUUUAAAUGCAAAGUCGAAGCAAAAUGUUUAUAAUCUCUUUGUCGAUUAUGCAGAUUAAUUGUUGCAGCCCUGUUCAAUAGCCUUACAUAUAUGGACCUAAGCAUGCAGUUUAAUGCUUAUAAAAAUUACAUAUACAGCUCCGGGGAAAAAAUAAGAGAGUUCUUAAAAAUGAUGAGUUUCUUUGAUUUUACCAAAUUAAAAACCUCUGGAAUAUAAUCAAGAGGAAGAUGGAUGAUCACAAGCCAUCAAACCACCAAACUGAACUGCUUGAAUUUCUGCACCAGGAGUAAAGCAGCAUAAAUUUAUCUAAAAGCAGUGUGUAAGACUGGUGGAGGAGAACA